AUGCAGCGCCGCCACUUGCAGGAGCACUUGGAUUGGCUGAAGGAGCAAGGUAGCCCGCAGAGACGGUUCCUUCCUUCCCCACGGUUCAGUCCCGUCAGUGGAGCGCGAGGCGCGGUGCACGCACACACGGCUUACACACACUCGCCUACACGCGUGGAAAGGUGCAGAGACACAGAGAGGGACUCACCGGAGGACUUUGAUUUUUUUAUGGUGUGUGGGACCACACGGAGCAUGAAUUUGCCAUCAGGACAUCGAUCAACAUCUCAAGAUAAACCAAGUGAAGCUCUGAGGGGAAAAGCAAACAGACGCAGAUUUUAA